GAACGUGGGCCCCGCCAUCCAGCGCCAGCUCAAGGCGUUCUUCGCCACCCACAAGCCCGCCGCCCGCCCCCGCACACCCACCCCGCCCGCCAAUAGCGCGCCGCCAGAUGGCAACGACCCGGGAGGAGGGGCGAUGGACAUGGCUCCUGUGGGAGGUGAUGACGUGGCACACGCCAUGGAGCAGUCAGCAGCGGCCAUGCCCGACUCCAUCCCGCGCAAGCCGCCCAAAUACUCGCCCAAACGCGGCUCCGCUGCCUUCGCCAUUCUCGUCACCCUGCUGCUGGAGAAGAUGAAGGGGCGGCAAGCAGUGCCAGUGGCGGAGCUCAUGGCCGCCUCCAGGGACGCCGCCCUGCUCGCCUCUGUCAUCAGGUUCCAGGUGCCGUGUGACGAGCGCAGCAUGGGGGGAGCGCCGCUGCAGCAGUUUGCAUGUGGGUGGAGCAGCAUGGAGACGCUCGCCAGGCACAACCUCGUUGUCAAGACCGCCCACCCGCCCAGCUAUGUGCUGUCGGAGGAGGGCCAUGCCGUGGCCGUGGACUGCCUCCGCCGCUCCAAGAUGCCGCUGCCCCCCGCUGCUGCCGCUGCACUGCCAGGUGCUCAUGUGCUGCCAGGUGAGUAUGUGCUGCCAGGUGAGUAUGUGCUGCCAGGUGAGUAUGUGCUGCCAGUGCAGUGGUCCGCACAGAUGCUCAACGACCCCUUUGCCAUGCUCGACCUGCCAGGUGACCUCACCUCCCAGGUGACCACCCAGGUGACUAGCCGGGUGGCUCUGGCUCAUGUGUCUUUCCUCCCUUCUGCGGUCCCCUCUUCCCUUCUCUCUCUCCCUUCCCCCUGUCGUUUCCCCCUCUUGCUCCUCAUCCCCUCAUCCCUCUCAUGCCACUCCCCUCUUCACGUCUCCACCUCCUUGCACACAACAGCAACCACACCGUACCACUCCACACCGUACCACUCCACACCAUACCACUCCACACCGCACCACUCCACACCGCACCACUCCACACCGCACCACUCCACACCACAGCACUCCUCCGUGCUGCCACUGGCCCUCCCUGCCUGCCCUUCCCUCCAUCCCUUCCGCCCUCACUCCCCCCUCUCGCUCGUCCCCCUGCUCCUUCCCUUCCCCACCCGGGCAGGCAGCAGCGGGGUGGAGGGCGAGGAGGAGUGGCAGGUGCCGCCGCUGGCAGCGGGGGAGUGCUUUUCAGAUGCAUAUGACGUCAUCAUCUUCAUUGACAACCGCGACAGCGAGUGA